GAUAUCCAAGAACAGCCACCAUACACAGGAAACAAAGAACAUAUCUUCCACAAAGCAACAUUCAAUUACUAUCUCCAGUAUCACAAAACACGUAUAGAUAUUGGAUCUGAUAUUUCGUAUUUAAUUGAAUUUGAAGACUAAUGUGUUCGUUACGUAUAGCUAGUUGUAAAUCGAUAGCUCAGUUAAUCAUCUAAGACGUAACAUAAAUCUAAAGCUAGAAAUCUUAGACAGCUUUACACCAAGAUGAGUUUACUACUACCCGGCGAAACGUACGAUGAGGCCGAGGUACGCCUUGGAUUCCGGCUCGAUCAGGUGCCCCCAAAAAUCAAUCGGGGACGUGCAAAAGAAAUGAAUGCUCGUGCGAACGCAUGGCUGGCAUCAGAACCGCUUUGGACUCCGGAAAGUCGGAUGGGUAUGAGUCCGGAAUGGACCGGGAUACAGAUCAUAGGAGAAGGCGGUAAUGGGACAGCGGGAAGAUGGAGAUUGACAUAUCCUAACCCUCCGGAGGGCACGCCGGGUAGAAUGCCAUUCGAAAGCGUCGUGGUAAAACAGCAAGCUGGGGGAUGGGCAGGGGGAGAUAUGCGAAAUGAAGUGGAAAUAUACGAGUUGCUGCGACAUACGAAUUCUCAGCAUCUGGUGAAGAUGUUUCGGAGGAUCUAUGAGGAUCAAGGUCUUAAUACAAUUUAUGCGGAUAGAAGUGGUGCUGUAACUAGGAUAUAUUUAGAAGACUGUGCGGGGGGGGACCUUCAAGGCAGGAUAUUUGAUCGCUUCAAGGAUAAAUAUAUUUUUGACGAAAACGAGAUAUGGGAUGCCUUCCAUUGUAUAGCCCGCGGCCUGUACGCUAUGCAUUCUGGACACGAAUCUCUUCAAGAGGAACGAUGGGAUCGGGACGAGAUAGUUCAUUUUGAUUUCAAAGCUCAAAAUGUUUUCAUGGGCGCUGGUCCCAGAGAUGAUGAACAUAGAGGAUCACUUGUAAUGAAGAUUGGUGAUUAUGGGCAUAGCUCAGAGGUUCCCAAUGAGCAAGACCUAAUUUACAAUUUCGAACAUAGAAAGUAUGGAACAGCAAGAUAUAAAUUACCUGAACAACUUAGAACUCGAAAAAAUCCUCUAGAAAGACCAUGGAUGGAUAGAAUGCCAAAAACUAUGCGUGAAGCAGGCGACGGAAAUGUCCUCAAUAAUCUUCGUUAUGGAACUCACUCGAACAUAUGGCAACUCGGAAUCAUAAUAUGGCAAAUGAUACACACUACUGAAUGGUGCCAGGAUGGAAACCCAUCACUUCCAUAUCUAUAUGACCCCGAUGUGGAAUGGGAAGGCAGUAGGAGGCACCCAGAACCUGGUUACCCGGGAAGGUUUGCACUUAAACUUUAUAAAGUAGCGAAUACCUGGCUUGGGGUAAAUGAAGAAGCAGGUGGAGUGCAUACACUUGCUACGCAAGACGAUAUGGAUUACUUUAAUGGAGCGUACGACGCACUACCAUCUGAGCCCGAGACCGAUAUAGAUCCCGAUCAGCCUGAAGAGCAGAAAGCUAUGGCUAAGAAAAAGAGAGAAAUGGAAAAUGAAGCCAGGGCAAAAGCUCGCAAGAAUCACACAUAUAGCGACACCUUACACAAAUGCGUGAUGGAUUGUCUGAUCGUGCAAGGCGAAGCUCGAAUCCAUGUCGAGGAUCUAUACCGAAAAACGCAACAAGUGAAGAAAUUGUAUCAAGACCUGAUAGAACCCUUGCUUCCAGCUCCUUAUUCUCCCGAGCCCAACCUUGGAGAGCUUCCAGCCCCGUGGAAUGACACCACGUUGAUACCAGGAGGAGGCCUUGGCCAACCCAUGAGAGAAGAUGAAGAAUCUCACCCACUCUAUCUUUUUGACCUAUUUUAUGCGACCGAGGAGCAUGAAAAGGUACAAGAGGUCAUAAAAUGGGCUCGAGAGAAUCCUAUUGUUAACAUGUCCGAUUAUGAGGAUGUUCAUGCACGUGAGCUUAUCGCGAGAAACCACGCAUCUUAUAAUACAUAUUUGACGGAAACAAGGAGAGCACGGGGCCAAAGAACAAAACCACAAUACAAAGUGCCCGCUCCAUUUCCAGAAGACUGGCAACAUGGAGUACUCCAGGACAACUCAAAAAGACGUAAUCCAAUGACCGGUCCUUCUAAGAAACCACGCGGUGGGCUAACAGUCAUGAAUCCUGACACAAGAACCCCGCUUUCUGCAAUUGGUGAAGGUGAUGAAGGACCAACUCGCCCUAAAAACAGUCCAAACAAACCCAAAAGAUUCUCUUAUGAAGGCGAUAGCACGCCAAGUUAUUUGAGAAACUUUGAGUCUACGCCUGACCACAUGAAACCACCGUCUCGUAGGGAGACUCCUGAAUAUAUGAGAGCGCCAACAAUACCAGCUGGUUUUGUGGGGAGAGAUCUUGGAGGUUUCGAAAGCAUAGAAAUAACAAGCGCAUCAGGCAAAGGACAAAGCAAGCCCCAUUCUGGCGAUAGUUCCAUGGCAUCUAUAGACAUUGGAGGAGGAAUCAUAAUAGGUGGAGGGGGAAGAAAGAAACCUUCGGAAAAAGUUGUCGAUUGGCCCGAGUUUCCCAUCGGCUUACAAAAAGAUGUCGACACACCCUUUCUACUCCGUGCUCUUGCAAUCCCUGAACUCAAGGAUUCGAUUUUAUUUUGCACCGUUAUUGAGUUCAAGGGCAAAGAAGAAAUCGUAAAAGGCAUAGUAUAUUUGACCGGAUUGUUAACCACGACGACGGUUCAUCAGAUGAAAGAGAUGUUGACCGAGAAAGAGACGGGGAUACCGGUGGAUCAGAUGAAGUUGAUGGGAUAUGAUCAGUUAUCGGUUCUUAGAGAAUUUGAGGAUGAGGAAGAGAGAGCAGCGAUUCUUGAGCUUGAAAUAUAUGUUCGUGAUGUUAGGAUGACAGACUGACGAGAAUUAAGAAAUAUUCAGGAUUGGGUAGGAUGUGGGAGCAUAGAAUUGUUUUGUCUCUUGAUAUACUUUGACUAGAGAAAAGGAAAUUUUUCCAUCAACAACUUGGGAAAAUCGAUAAGACGGUAUCGAGAUCAUAUUAUCAAAUAGCUGGAAAUGGACGACAUAACCCAUCUAUCUCA